CAUAUUUAAAAAUUAUUCAUGUGACAUUUUUUCUAAAUGAAUUUCCAAUUUUUUUUUUUUUUUUUCACCUUGUGUAAUUAGUGAUAAUUGUAUUGUGAUAAAGAGAAACCAUGGCAAACAAAGUGAAAAAACAGAGCUUGGAGGAUCGAAUUAUUAGCCUGGAAAGUGAAAUGAUGAAGAUGGCGGAAAAAGAAACAAAACUGGAAAAGAAGAAAUGGGAAUGUUGUGCAGCAACAAUUCGUAAAGAACCAUGGCACACAACCAUCUAUGAUUUGGAAUUUUGCGCAAAACCAAUAAAAAAGAGAAAACUAUGUAAGCCUCAUGGAAUAAAGGAGCACGAUGGCGAUCCAAUAGCACAAGCUUAUAAAAAUGAACUCAAGUCAAAUUUAGAAUUGGAGAAACUAGCAAACCGUUGUGCCUAUGAAAAUGGUGAUUGUUACUAUUAUAAGUUACUUCAAAAAAACCCAUCAAUAAUCAAAGUCGUAGAAAGCCCUGUUAAACAAAAAGCUCUUGAAGAUGAAUUUUUUGAAAGAGGGAGAUCAGUGUAUCAAAUUGAUUAUUGUAGAAUACAUGAGAAAGCUGGAAUUGGACUGGCACCAGUAGUGCAAACAGCUCUUGAGUAUCAAGAUAUAGAAAUACCUCAAAAGUGGCAGCCAGUCCCUCUUACUGAAUAUCGAUCAAGUUACAGAGAUCACAAAGGGAUAGCACCAUGGGAGCUGACACCAUCACCUAUAAUACCCCCCAAAGGAGAAUUAACAUCAGCGGUGGAAAGAGAGAAGAAAAUAUUGAAUGCAGAAGUCGGAGAAACGGAAUACAGGGGGGUUAUAGGCACUCUUGGUUGGAAAAUUAUAAGAGAUGAAUUUCAUGGUAAAAUUCCACCAUUGCCUCAUGAACUGGUUUUAUCCAAGGAGGAAGAAGUACAAAAAACAUUUUCAAGCUUGAGUUAGGAUAUACUUUACACACUAGUGUGGCAACAAAACAGCUGAAUGAACUGAAAAAACGCGGUUUUCUCACAAAUAACAGUAAAACUUUAAUUAGCCCUGGUGAUUUACAAACUUACAUAUCCACAAAUAUAAUCAUAACCAUGUU